AUGCUUCGAUACAAUAACUACGAGCCCGUCCUCACAGAGCACUUCCCUCGAACGGGGUACAAGAAGUUGGACUUCUACGCCGGCCCGAAGCACCGUGAGACCGCGCGCAUCCUCUGGGCAGCACGAGACGCGAGGCGCGAGUGGAUCCGUGCCGUCGACGCCCAGGACUGGGACGCGAUCGACUACCAGACGUUCCGACUCGCUGUCCUCGACAGAUCUCACGAGCUAAACGAAGCGCAGUGGCGCCUCCGCCGCCGCUCGCCGUCGGCAGAGGAGCGGCAAGACGAGACGGACAAGCUGAUCUACUUUGCCUACUUUCUGGCAGGAAGGAGUCUGGCUAGACUCGGCCGGGAGGGGCAGGUUCCCGAGCCUGUCGAGGUCAUGAUCUUUUGCCGAGCGGCGAUGGAUAAACUCGCCGUCCCCGUUGUGGGCAUGAAGCCCGCACGACCGGCGUGGCCGUGGAAUCCCGAUGAGCUGGGACGGUACGACCCGAGGAUCAUGCAUCGGGAGCUGCUGGAAGAGGAGGCUGAAAGGUUCGUCGCGACUUUCAUGUAUGAUCCGAGCAUUGGGGCAUCGGUGCUGGUCGAAGACGACACGCCUAGCCUGGCCUCGGACAGCACCGAGACCUCCCCCUCUCGCCCGCCCGGCCGUGGUUGUCGCACUCCGGGAACGCCUCCAUCGUCCUCAUCGUCCACAGGCCGGGCACAAAGUGGCACCUCCUGA